AUGUCGGACGAGAAGGAUGGAAAUGGCGGCGCAUGGGCUCGCGUCCCAACAUGGCGAGGAUUCAAGCGGGAGAUGGAUUGGUGGUGCUCGGCCUUAGAUUUGGCCUCAACGACCAAGUACAACUUGGCAGCUCGAUGGUUGCUACGGCAAUCAGGGGUGAAUGUUGCUGGCAAGCUCUCUGCCGACAAAAUGCUUGUUGGAGCCCUUGAUUCAGCUUGCAACCGCACGUGCACUGGGACAGAGUGGCUCAACAACUACCUCCGUUGCCUGAGAGAUGCCCCCGAAGAAGUUCGUGGUUUGGUCAAAUCCCACAAGGAGUAUGAGACCUUCAAGUUUGGCAACGGUGGAACCCAGGUCAGUGUUGCACGGUGGCGCCUCCCCAUGCAGUUAGAUGGCUCCAUCAUUUGUUUUUGGACUUCAUUGGUGCCGGUUCCUUCACUGGGGUUGCUUUUAGGUCGUGAUUUUCUAGAAGCAAUUGGAGCUGACAUGCAUUUUGCCCAUCGCACCCUUCGAUGUGAACACCUCACUGGCAAGCCGAUUGCCUUGAAGCAGCUGGCUGCAGGCAACCUCUUGGGAGGCGAGAGCGCCAACAUGGAGGUGAAGGUCGGAAGAUGGAAGCGGAUGUACCUCCGCAUGGGAGAAAGGUUUCGCUGGGCAGCAAAAGGAUUGCUCCUUUGGCUUUUGCAAAGGCCCUACUUGCGAUAUCUGCCAUUGCCCUAUCCCUCAACUACCACGACAGCAGCUUGGUUGGCUCAGGUGCGCAAGCAGGUUUCCGAUGGAACUAUCCCUCCAAGGUACCUCAAGAACUGCCUGGAGAAGAACCUGUUCACCAUGAGCAACUUGGCAGAAUGUCGGCACCUUCGCAACCGGGUGGGGCUCAGGACAUCGUUCAUCGAAGAUCCCGUCCUGGCAGGAAUGAUGGCAGCGCAGACGACAAAGGGCAUCGCAGCCAAGCUGAGGAGUGCUGCUCAGAAGGAAGCCAAGGAGCUGGCCAAGAAAGCAGAAGCCGACGGAAGUCGAGAACAAGAGGCUCGGGCACUCAUUGGCCCACGAGGAGGUCUUCCUACCCUUCGAGCCGAUCUGGUGAAGUUGGCUGCUUUGUUUCAUGUGGAUUUGGGCGAGAAAGACUCCGUGGCUCAGAUCGAAGAAAAGGUGAAGCCUAUGAUCGAGAUCCUCAAGAACAAGAAGCCAGCGGUAAGCCCAGCAAAGGCCAACACGGCCGAAGAGAUUUCAGCGAGCUCUUCCUCACCGCCCGCCAGGCUGUUUCACGACAACCCCAAGAAGCUGGCAGUUCAGCAGCAAGAGAUGAGGGCUAUGAUGGAGCAGAUGUCUCGCGAGCUGGCAUUGCUGCGCUCACAAGUGACUCCGGAGAUGGAGGUGGAUCUCAGUUCAGAGCCAAGUCUGAUUCCAGACUCGCCUCAGGAUGCAUCACCCGUGAACUUCACCGAGGCCGAAAUUCGGGAAUUGAAUGGUCAAGCCUACGAGGAGCUGCACGGAGCCAAUUUGACUGCUCAGUUCGGGGACGACAUUCCGGCCGAAGUGACGCAGGAGAUCCGUCUGGGUCUCAGGGACGGAGCCCUUCAGAAUGAGAGCCAGCCCAAGAAUGUCUUGAUUUCCAAGAAUGUCAAGCCCCCCGACAAGGAGCGGUCCCUUGUGUCUGAGGUCUACACCACUUCGCAGAAUGUCAUGCGAGAGGCUGAACGAAGAGGCCACAAGGUGGGUCCGGCUAUGUCGUUGGACAAUGGAUGGAACUUCCUUUUGGCUGAGCACCGAAGCCGGGCAUUGAAGGUUUUGGAGGAGGAGAAGCCUUACUGCGUGGCGCUUGCUUUUCCAUGUGGGCCUUUCAGUCCACUACAGUACUUCAACACUCGAGGAUUGACUUCCUUGGAUCAACGUCAAGCUGAUGGUUUGGUCCUGAUGGAGUUUGCGAUUGAAGUCGCAAAGCUGCAGAUGAAAGGCGUGACCAUGCGGGCAUUUACCCAAAGCCGCUGGCACGUUCUGCCGGACAAGUCCUCCAAGUCAGUGAUUCAGUUCUUGACUUCAAGGUGGUUGGCCAUGUUUGGUGCUCCCCGAGUACUGGUGGCAGAUCAGGGCAGAGAGUUCGCAGCGCAGCAUGAUUUGACGUUGCGAGGUCUUCCAGCUGCUCCACCUGUUGCUCUACCAGAAGAACCAGAGGAGACAGCGAUGCCGAUGACCCCUGCACUGCAACCACCGGUUCAUCAACGUGGAGUCCCAGGAGCUGAUUUGCCUCCAGUGAAACCUGAAGAGUUGGUCCAAGUGGCGCAACAAGCAGCUCCUAUUCCUUCGAUGGUUGGAUCCUCUGCACUUCCUUCGAGGAGGAUCAGUGAUGUGACAGGCAUGGGACCUGCACCUGGCUCACCCGUGCCUGAGCUCAUUCGACGUGCUGGAACUGCUGGCGGCCUCCUGGCAAGACAGAUUGCCCAAGCCAGAGACCUGGCUGAGGAGAGUGGUGGCAUGAAGCGUCCAGCUGAAGUCGAUAUGGAAGCAUUGGCUGAGCAAUCCGCCUUUGAUGGUGCUCGCUCUUCACCUUCUGCACCUUCCGGUGUCAACGAGUCGCUGGUGAUGGCUUUUGAAAAGGGUGAGGAUGAGUUGAUGAAGCAGCUCCAGCAUGGCAAGGAGCAUCCUUUGCGAGUGAUCGCAAGCCUGGCUGACAUCGAUAAGCAGCAGCCUUUGGAUGCAAAGGUCAAGGACCAUGGAAGCUGGGGAGGACGAUGGGACUUGCCUUCUCGCUCCGAAUGGCAACUUCACCAAAAGCUUGGAUGGAGCUGGCCUACUGGCUCGCAUGAUCUUGAGGCCCUCUUGGCCAGUGCUGCGCACAAAGAGCUGUUCUGGAAGAACAUGAGCCCGGAGGAGAAGAUCGCCUUUCGUGAGGACAAGUCCACCUUGGAGGGAGUGAUCAUCUCCCAUGUGGAUGAUUUGUUGCUUGGAGGCGGACACCGUGCACAAGCUUUGCUGCAGGACCUUGGGCAGAUCCUUGGUUUCGGAAGUGUGGAGUAUGAUGACUUCACCUACUGCGGGAAGCACAUUCGACAGCAUGAUGAUGGUUCCAUCUCCAUCUCCAUGAUUGAGUACCACAGCAACCUACAGCCUGUCUCCAUAGCAGUGCACCGACGUGCACAGACUUCGGCAGAGCUCAAUAACAGCGAGCGUCGGAUGCAGGAUGAGAUCCUGGAGGCUGUUCCUUUCGUGCAGAUCACUGACGCGAAAGACCUCUUUGACAAGGGGAACAGUGACACUGCCACAUAUGGAGCCCAGAAGUCCCUUGGCUUCACCAUUGGUUGGAUCCGCGCCACGUUGGCUCGGGCCUGCACGUUGAAGUGGACCAGCACAAGCAAUAUGUUUGUGGAUUGUGGGACAAAGGACAUGGAUGAGUCCUACCUGCACCGCAUCCUAGCUUCUGGUCGUUGGUGCUACACGUUCAACAAAGCCUAUGUGAAGCAAGGGAAGCCAAGCAGAAAGCAGCUUGCUUUGAGCUCUUCCUCUGCAGCCUUGGACGGAGAGCCGCUGAAUGAGGCUUUGCCAGUUUUCGCCUUCCUCCAACAGCUUGCUGAGAGUCCCGGAUGGCACCACAAGGGUGAGGUUGUGACCCAUGUAGCUCACCAUGCUAGGUCCUAUAGGAGCCCCAUCGGGAGAUAUGAGAUUGAAAAGUACCCCAUCCGAACGACGUAUGCUCGAUUUGACCUGGACACCGGAAUCUCCCAUUGGCGGAUCCUAGAGGAUCAUGUCAAGAUGAGGUCAUUGACCAACCGUCAAGCGCUCCUUUCAACUCCGGCUCGAGUGUUGAUUUCCAUUUUUACCGGAUACUCAUGCCAACAAGAAGAUAGAGCAGCUGUGAAAGUGAGCAAUUGA